UACUACUUUGUUAUUUUCUCAGUUGUUAACAAUUUGCCACAGACAUGCAGGGUUUGACUAUAUGUACAACAGCAGUGUUUAUUAUUGGAGAGAUAGCAGGUGUUGGUGUGUUGGCUUUGCCUAGGGCUGUAGACGAUACAGGAUGGAUUGGGUUUGUUUUAAUAGUUGUAUUUACAUUGCUGUCAACAUACACUGCCACAUUGAUAGGAAAAUGCUGGGCAAUGAUUCAGGAGAGAUAUCCCGAAUAUCGAUCUCAUGUUCCGGAUCCUUAUCCAAUCAUGGGCGAGAAAACGUAUGGCAAGACUGGCAGAUAUUUAGUUACAAUUACGUUGAAUAUUUUCAAUUUUGGAAGUUCUGUUGUUUUCUUGGUAUUAGCGGCUGGAAAUAUUGAGACUUUACUAACUGACGUCAUCAAAGAUAUAUCGUUCUGUUAUUGGUUGAUGAUACUGACGUGUAUUGUUGUUCCAAUCGUUUGUCUUGGUACACCAAAAGACUUCUGUUUUAGGCCAAUUGGAGUUGGCGCAGCAAUUUCCACUGGAAUAGCUUGUACAUUAAUUAUCAUACAAAUUUUCCAAGACAACUCUCACAGUAAAAAUACUACUGUGCACUCAAACAUUAAGCUUCAAAACUUUUCCUCGGCCUUUGGAACAAUGGUUUUUGCUGUCAGUGGUCAUUCCGUAUUUCCAACAAUUAUAACAGACAUGAAGAAAAAGGAAGACUUCAAACUUGCAGCGCUCCUUGGAUAUGGAAUUGUCCUCCUAAUGUACAUACCAACAGCAGCGUCUGGAUACUUUGUGUAUGGUAGAGAUGUUAAUGUCAAUAUAAUUAGAAGUAUACCAGCUGGUCCUCUCGCGUAUGUAGUGGAUAUUUUGGUCACAUUGCAUCUUCUCUUGGGAUUUAUAAUCUAUAUGAACCCUGUGUGCCAGCAGUUUGAAGCUAAAGUAGGCGUUCCUAAAGCUUUCACUUGGAAGAGAUGUAUCGUUAGACCACUGAUCGUACUGGUUGUCCUAUUCAUUGCUGAAAGUGUUCCUCAUUUUGGUGCUAUUUUAUCUUUGGUUGGCGGCUCAACAACAACUUUACUCUCUUAUGUAUUCCCUUGCUUAUUCUAUAUGAAAUUAUGCAAUAGUAACUGUGGUAACAAAACCGAUCAUCCAUCAUCCGUCAUAGAGUGGAGUUUAGUGCUCAGAAUGACGUCUCACGUGACGAUACAGACGAAAUAGUAACUGCUAAAACGCCCCUUUUGAAAAACCGAACAAUGACUGCUAGUGAUGAGAAAAUUAAAGCUGACAAUAAUUUGUUAGCAAGUUCAAGCAAGCAAAAUGUUCAAGCGAAUUCUGAGCCGCAUCCAAGCACAGAACGUAUAUUUAUUCCUCUUUGGCAAAAGGUUUUGAAUAUCGAAAUCAUCUGCAUCGGUAUCAUAGGCGGAUUUGCUGCAACCGUGUCCGCCAUCAUUGCCAUAGCAACUCCUGAUAGUUUGUCUGUGCCGUGUUAUGUUAGUCUAAAUGGAGCAGGGUCAUAAUUACUAUGGGUCAAAUUAUUUAUGCAUUAUGAAGAAUAGAAGAUAAAUUCAUUUUUAACUUUAUAAAUGGCUAAAAUGAAAAUUUUAAAUUUGAAGUUAUGAUAAUAUGAAUAGCUCAUAAUACAAUAAUAAAAAUAGUAGUAAUAAUUUAAAGAGUAUUUUUUGGUGGAAGCACAUGUAGUGGUAGUGGUGGUGUAGCGGUAGUGAUUCUUGUUAUCAUUGAUUACUCAGUGCUUUUCAUGUUACAAUCUAUUUUAAACAGUUUGAAUACAAAAAUAUAUAUAAUAAAAUAGUAUCAAUG